UAUACCAAGAUACGACCGGGACUACUUUUGGUGCUGUAUCGGGAACAAUCACGAUUGGAAAUGCUGGCGGUGAUGUCACCAUAUUUAAUCCAAGCAUCGACAAUGUUCUUAAACCUGGCCAAAAGUUCACGAUAAACUGGAUAGCUCCUCCCAAUUUUUAUCCUUCAUCUCUUCUAAUCGCUCUUCUUUUUGCAAUCAACGCUCACGAUCCAAGUACCUUUAUAUUUCUCACGCCAAACCCCGGCAAUGUUUCUUAUCCGCUUUACAACCAAAGUUUUAGCGCUGUCAUUCCUGCAAAUGUUGGUCCUAAUAGAGGAUGCAAUAUUUAUUUGCAUAUUCAUAAUGAAACUACAGGCCAAAUUUUUGCUUAUGUUUCGAAUCCUUUCGUCGUAAUCUCAGAUUAG